AUGCCGACUCACGGCGGCCCCGGCCGCGUCGAUACUGUCGCGGGCCUUCUCGCCGCGACGCCGCCUCAACUUCGGCUCCUGGACAGCUCGCUGCCCGACGACGCCGAGCGCGCCGCUGUGCGCAGCUGCUGCGCUGGUACGCUUGCGUCUUGCAUCGCACAGCUCGACGCUGCGAUUGCACCGCAUGCCGUCCGCAUGAUGGACGGGAGGCUUCCGACAAGCGACGCUUUCCGUGGCGACGACCACGAUCUCAGCAAGCUGAAGGCGCUGAAAACUGUCGCCACGAUGGUCCUGCAGGACGGACCGAUGCUCUAUCGCGAGGCCUGCGCGAGUCUCGUCCACGCGCGCUCCACCUUCUUCUCGGACCUCAACGCGGCGCUCGAUGCCGAUGUCGUUGAUUCUGCCUUUCGAUUCAAAUCGCCGUCGUGGCUCGCGAAGCGCGCGGGGCAUGAGCUGUUGGCGCGCGUACCGCUCGUGCGCGUGCCUUUGGCCAGCUAUGGCGCGGAGGGCGGCGUGCGGGAGAGCCUGCUGAUGCCCAUCAUUCCAGCGCUGAGUGACGCCGAGCUGCUCGAGCACAUUGAUCUGAUCAUGGAGCUGCGCGAGGCGCGCGAGGCGGCGGCUCAGCAGCGCGGCGCGCCAUUCGACGCCACCAAGUACCGCCGGCUCAUCAGCGCGCUGCCGGCGAGCGUGCGUGUGCCUGUCGAGUUCAUCAUCGUGAAGGCGGCGGGCGAAGAUGCCGCGCGGGACCUGGGCAUCAUGGUGAGCGACGCCCACACUGCAUCGCGCGAACACGUGCCGCACGACCGGACGGCCUAA